AUGGAAUGUGAAGAGGGAGGACGAGCAUCGUCACCGGCGACGCCAUCACCACCGUCUGACGAUGGCAAUUCGGUGGAGGAGCAAGUGAUGAGCGAUGUUCACCUUGGAUGUCCCCCAAAUCACUCUGCCCCCCAUAUUUCUUACUUCACUAUCUUACUUCCACCACAAAAUGAAACUAUUGAGAGCUCUCGCCGAGAUCAAUGGAAUUCAAUGGGGGCUAAAGUUUGUAGCUUGGAUGAAGAUGGCGAUCUUAUACUAGCUCGACGAAAAAAAAAAUCCCAGGAUUAUUUUGUUAUCAGCAUCCAGCAUAAUAUCACUUCAUCAAUUCCAAGAGUUGGUUUGCAGGUCUGGAGAGCUGAAUUGGUAUUAGCUGACUUUGUGUUGCAUAUGAUGUAUAAAUCAUCUGCAUUUCAUGGAAUUGUGGCUGUAGAACUUGGUGCUGGCACAGGGUUGGUUGGCAUCUUACUUGCGCGUGUUGCUAAAGCUGUCUACAUAACAGACCACGGUGACGAAGUGCUUCAAAACUGUUCUGAGAAUAUUCGUCUCAAUGCUGGAGUACUCGGCACCAAGGCGUCUGUCUUUGCACGUGAACUUGAUUGGAACAUUCCAUGGCCCCCUCAAGUCCUCGAAAGGUCCUCAUCGCAGCAAAGGUAUGGAUGGAGCAUAUCAGAAAUUGAAGAGAUUCAAAGAGCUAACUUGCUUGUAGCUGCUGAUGUAAUUUAUAGUGAUGACCUAACUGAUGCAUUCUUCAGUAUACUGGAGUUACUAAUGUGCAAAAAUCCAGAAAAGGUGUUAUAUUUGGCUCUUGAAAAGCGUUACAACUUCACUCUCGAUAAUCUUGAUGUUGUUGCAAAUGGCUAUUCUCAUUUCCGCAGUUAUCUUAAAGACGAUGAAGAAGAUGAUAUUAAAAACAAAAGUUCACGUAGCUUUGUGGGCAAGCGCAUCAACCUUACAGAAAUUCCACAAUAUGUGGUAGAAUACGAUAGAGGAAAUGAUGUUGAGAUUUGGCAGAUUAUGAGAAGAAACCUUAGUUCACAGUAUCUUAAGCCGUGA